AUGAAGGGCUUAGGGGAUAACAGAAGUCGCCACCUCUCCGACAACCUGGACUCCCCCCAGGACUCUCUGUAUGCCCCCCAGGACAGGAACCCUUACCUCCUCAGCCCCACUGACUCCUUCCCCAUGGACCCGCGGUUCCCAGCCCCGAGCGCCCUGCACGGCGACUGCCUGCUGCCGCUCAACAAUCAGCUCUCCACCAGCAGCACCUUCCCUCGCAUCCACUACAACUCCCACUUCGAGGUGCCGGACGACAGCCCCUUCCCCAGCCACGCCCAGGCCACCAAGAUCAACCGCCUGCCCGCCAACCUGCUCGACCAGUUCGAGAAGCAGCUUCCUAUCCACCGCGACGGCUUCAGCACCCUGCAGUUCCAGCGGGGCGACGCCAAGCACCGCAGCGAGAGCCCCGGCCGCAUCCGACACCUCGUCCACUCCGUCCAGAAGCUCUUCGCCAAGUCCCAGUCCCUGGAGGGCCCCGGCAAAGGCAACGCCAAUGGCAAGAAAGGGGCAGAGGAAGGCAAGCAGAACAGGAGGAGCAAGAGCAAGGAGCGGGCGAAGACCUCGGAGCCCAAGCGCAGGAGCAGGUCCAACAUCUCGGGCUGGUGGAGCUCGGACGACAACCUGGACAGCGACACCUGCAGCUACCGCAACCCCAUGGGGUUGAUGACGCUGGGCCGGCAGCCCGACCACAGCCAGCCCAAGUACUUCAUGCACGCCUACAACACCAUCAGCGAGCACAUGCUGAAAUCCUCCAAGAGCAAUAACGACCUCAAGGUCACCCCCUGCGCCAACAUCCCCAUCAACAGCGACUCCAACUACAUCAAGAGGGGCUCCUGGUCCACGCUGACCCUCAGCCACGCCCGGGAGGUGUGCCAGAAGGCCUCUGCCACCAUCGACAAAGCCUUGCUGAAAUCCAAGUCCUGCCACCAAGACUUGGCCUACCACUACCUGCAGGAUGUGCCGGCGUGCCCAGUCAGCCCUGCUCUACAGAGCUUCCCCGGAGUGCUGGUGCCUCAGGGGGAGUGGAGCAACAGCCUGUCCCGGGACAAGGACAGCGAGAUCCCGUGCCGGCGCAUGCGGAGCGGCAGCUACAUCAAAGCCAUGGGGGAUGACGACAGUGAGGACUCAGACACCAGCCCCAAACCAUCCCCAAAAACUGCAGCUCGCAGGCAGAGUUACCUCAAGGCCACCCAACAGUCCCUGAGUGAGCAGAGCACUACUCAAAGGAGCCUGGACCGCCUGGACUCUGUCGAGAUCCUCCUACCUCCGAAGUUCCCCACCUGGGAGGAAGAAUACAACCAGAUCUCAGACAGUGUCACCGAGGCCAGCUGCAUCAACCAGAUCUUUGGAGCCCCCUUACUUAUCCCUCAGAUAUUUACCCAUGGAGAGCAGGCAGCGGAGCCGGAGCUGGGCGAGCAGUACGAGGCGGUCUGCGACUCUACCUACAGCGAGCCCGAGUCGGCCGCCGCCGAGGUGCUGGACCUGCCCCUCCCCAGCUACUUCCGUUCGCGGAGCCACAGCUACCUCCGAGCCAUCCAGGCGGGCUGCUCCCAGGAAGAGGACACGGGCUCCGUCCGCUCCAUCUCCCCUCCGACCACCGGCAGCCUCAGCGGCAGCAGGACCCUGCCCACCAACAGCAGUUCAUCAUGCCUAGUGGCAUAUAAAAAGACUCCGCCUCCCGUGCCGCCCCGGACCACCUCCAAGCCGUUCAUCUCCGUCACGGUGCAGAGCAGCACCGAGUCGGCGCAGGACACCUACCUGGACAGCCAGGACCCCAAGAGCGAGGUCACCAGCCAGUCAGGGCUCAGCAACUCCUCCGACAGCUUGGACAGCACCAGGACCCCCAGCGUGACGCGGGGCAGCGGCGCCGCCCCGCCCAGGGACACCCCGGAGUUACCUCAGAAAAAUGCCACUCUGAAGAGUGACAAAGGGACUCUGACCAGCGAGGAGCCCAAGGUGGAGAACGUCCCCAAGAGGAAGCUCUCAUCCAUAGGAAUCCAAGUUGACUGCCUCCAGCCAGUAGUAAAAGAGGAGCCUCCUCCAGCAGCCACCAAGUUCCAGUCCAUCGGGGUGCAGGUAGAGGACGAGUGGCGGAGCAGCCACUCCCGCAGCAUGUCCUCCAAGCAGGACACAGACUCUGACACGCAGGACCCCAACAGCUCCAGCUGCAAAGCAUCUGAGAGAGGCCUGGCCGAGUGCCCCCAGCACAGCAACUCCCUGGGCGCUGAUGCGGCUGCCAGGCAGCCGGCCAAGCCCUCGCAGGUCAAGAGAAACCUCUCCUAUGGAGAAAGCACUGACCCGGCCCUGGAGCCUUCCUCUCUCCCUCCUCCCGACCCCUGGCUCGAGACCUCCUCCAGCUGCCCCUCGGAGCCCCCCCAGCCGGGGGCCUGCCGCAGGGAUGGGUUCUGGUUCCUGAAGCUGCUGCAGGCGGAGACGGAGCGGCUGGAGGGCUGGUGCCGCCAGAUGGACCAGGAGACCAAAGAGAACAACCUCUCUGAGGAAGUCUUAGGAAAAGUCCUGAGUGCAGUGGGCAGUGCACAGUUACUAAUGUCACAGAAGUUCCAGCAGUUCCAUGGCCUCUGUGAGCAGAACUUGAACCCUAAUGCCAAUCCCAGACCCACAGCCCAGGACUUAGCUGGGUUUUGGGAUCUCCUGCAGCUGUCCAUUGAAGACAUCAGCAUGAAGUUUGAUGAGCUGUACCACCUGAAAGCUAACAGCUGGCAGUUGGCAGAGACACCGGAGAGAAAGGAAGAGAAGAAACCCCCCCCUCCCGUGCCAAAGAAGCCGGCCAAGGCCAAAUCGCAGCUGACCCGGGACAAAGCCUCCGAGGGCGACAAGCAGCGGCAGGAGGCUCGCAAGCGGCUGAUGGCCGCCAAGAGGGCAGCCUCGGUGCGGCAGAACUCGGCCACGGAGAGCGCCGACAGCAUCGAGAUCUACGUGCCCGAGGCACAGACCCGGCUGUGA